CACAACAUCAAUUGAUAAUAACACGGGCAAAAAUAAUAAUGAUAAGAAAGAGCAUGAUCAAUCAACCCCUAAAUCAUUUAAAGAACGCGUAAGAAUAGUAUUAAACGAAUCGGAUUUGGAAGAAAGUUUUAUUAGAGGUUCUGGACCUGGCGGGCAAAAAAUCAACAAGUCUUCUAUUUGUGUGUAUUUGAAACAUGUGCCAACUGAUAUUCGAGUUCGCUGCCAACAAAGUCGAUCUCGCGAAGACAAUCGAGGUAUUGCACGUCAUUUACUCAAACUCAAAUUAGACGAAUUUUAUAACGGUGAACAGAACGAAUAA